UUAGGUAAGCAAAAGUCUCUCUCUCUCUCUCUCUCUCUCUUGUAUAAAACCCAAUUAACAGAGAGAGUUUGUAGGAAAAUACAGAAGAGAUUAGAGAAGAGGAAGAAGAAGAAAAUGGAGUGCUGUGGGAGGCCAAACAGGAGUGAUGCUCAUUUGUCGAGAGAGGAAGAGGCAGAGAUCGAGUCGAAGACGAGAGAGUACUUCGACGGAGUGACUCCCAAGCGUCACUCCAAACCUCAACGCAGUGAGUAUUCGUCAAAGUAUGUGGAUGAUUUGAAAAAUGAAGACCAAAUUCCUGAACUCGUUGAGUUCCAUCGUCUCGAAAACGAUUCGCAGAAAAUAGUGGUGAAUGGGAGUGAGGUUGGUGAGGAGUUUGUGGAGACAGACUACUACAAGGACCUGAACGACAUUGACAAGCAACACCACACCACAGGAACUGGGUUCAUCAAAGUCCAAAACAAAGGUAACAACAGUUACAAUUUAGCACCGGAUUCCGACACCGACGUCCACGCUUCUUGCCAGUGCAACCCAGCAACUAAUGACUGGAUCCCAGACGCUUCUGCUGGCAAUGCUGUGGGUUUUGAUUCAGGGAAGCCAAGGAGGAGUGAAAGUUAGGAUUAAACGAGAAGUAAUUACAUUGCAGAUUUUUGUCUGCAUAUCAUUGUUUCUCUGCAAUUUGAGAAUUUCAAUGUAUGAGUUUUGGGUUCGAAAUUCCUCCUCUCUAAAUUAAUGUAAUAACUUCGAACUCUCUCAUGCCCUUAUUUAUAAUAAAUUUUAAAAAAUAAAAAUAAAUAUGUUGCUUCUA